AUGACUCGAAAUCCAUUUCAUUUAGUUGAAUUUAGACCCUGACCAUUAACAGGAUCCAUAAGAGCUUUAUUUUUAACAACAGGACUUUCCUCAUGAUUUCACAAUUAUGAAAAUACCCUUAUUUUUUUUGGUUUACUACUUAUAAUUUUAACCAUAAUUCAAUGAUGACGUGAUAUUAUUCGAGAAAGUACAUUUCAAGGCUUCCACACAUCUAAAGUAUAUAAUGGCCUUCGAUGAGGUAUAAUACUCUUUAUUAUUUCAGAAGUAUGUUUCUUUUUUGCUUUCUUUUGAGCCUAUUUCCAUAGUAGUUUAGCUCCUAAUAUAGAUAUUGGAUCAUGUUGACCUCCUAUUUAUAUUUUUCCCCUUAAUCCUUUCCAAAUUCCCUUAUUAAAUACAGCAAUCUUGUUAGCCUCCGGUGUAUCCGUCACCUGAGCACACCAUUCACUAAUAAAUAAUGAUUUAAAAUCCGCAACUCACUCUAUAAUUAUUACUAUUUCCUUAGGGUUUUAUUUUACAAUCCUCCAAAUAUUAGAGUAUAUAGAAGCAUCAUUUUCUAUUUCAGAUAGAAUUUAUGGUUCAACUUUCUUUGUAGCAACAGGUUUUCACGGCUUACAUGUAAUUAUUGGAUCAACCUUCCUUCUAAUAUGUUUAUUACGAAUCUUAAUAAAUCAUUUUUCCUCUUCACACCAUUUUGGAUUCGAAGCUGCGGCUUGAUACUGACAUUUUGUAGACGUAGUAUGACUAUUUUUAUAUACUUUUGUAUAUUGAUGAGGUUCAUAA